AUAGGUUAAAAAUUAUCAGGUAUAUGAAAUAAAUUAUGAAUCAUUUUAUGGAUCCUUAAAAAUACUCGAUUAAACGAAGAAAAAAAUGGGGAAAAAAGUUAACAACUAGCAGAUUGAAAUGUAAUUUCAACAAUAAUAUAUAUAUAUAUAUAAAUAAUUCAAAUCGCGAGAAUGAAUUCGCCAUUCUUGAAAAAUCUAAUGUCAUUUUAAAUGUUGUUGCAAAUGUAAGAUGGCGUUAACGUUUUACUGUGGUUAAAUUAAAUUUAAUUCUUCCUUAAUUAAGUAACGACCGGAGGAAGAGGGCGAGAGUAGUGUGCAACCACAAUGAAAUGUUUUCCCUUGUUUUGCAUAUGCAUGCGUCCCGCGCUACGACGUCCAGAAAAUCAAUGCAACCGGUGUAGAGAGAGGUUUUUUUCCAACGGGAUAAUCGAGAUAAAAUCGUAAAAUGAAGGAUUUCGAUUAUUAUAAAUACUGCUCUUUUAGCGACGUGGAAAAAAAAAAAGAGAAAUCGAACGAUGCAUUUUAAUCUCUUUGCCCCUUUACUUUCAAAACUGACUUUGAUUCGAGGAAUAUUGGAGAAAAAUAUUUAAAUUUCGAACUACUAUGCUACACAUGAUCGAUCCGUGGAACGUUAAUUGCUAAUUGGCGAAUCGAAUUGAUUUGACAGUGGAUAAUUGAGAACGGAAGUUUAAAGAGAAAGCAGGCGUGUCAAAUGGAAUGAAUAAUCGCGGGAUAAAAAAGGAGAGAGUGACGAUAUCAAUCGAAUCUAUAAUAAGAAUUAAUAAGAAUUUUUAGAAAUAUUGUCGACGAACCAUAUUGCAUAAAUACAGCAGAAGCUUUAAUUUUCGUUUGAAAGAGUAAUGAUCAAUCUCUUUGAAUGUACGUUGAUAAAAAUUUUUUAAAAUAUUAUCGACCAUAUUGCAUAAGUACAGCAGAAGCUUUACUUUUCGUUCGAAAGAGUAAUGAUCAAUCAGUUUGAAUUAUUACAUUAAUAAGAAUUUUUAGAAAUAUUAUCGACGAACCUUAUUGCACCAGCUUUACUUUACGAAAGAGUAAUGAUCAAUCUGUUUGAAUGUUACGUUAACAAGAAUUUCUUCAGAAAUAUUAUCGACGAAUUAUGUUGCAUAAAAUACAGCGGAGGCUUUACAUUUCGUACCGCGUCUCGUCUCGUAUUUUUACGUAUUCUUCGAGAUGGAAGACGGUUUGACAGACAACGCGUUCAAGCGGAAGUAAAGAGCCUUGUAAAUCCUGCGUCAUCUUGGCCCGUCCGUGUUAUUAUCGAUUUUCCGUGAAUGCGAAUAUCAAAAGUAUAUUCUAAACGUAUAUAGGGCUUUCGGGUGAAAUAUCGGGAAAAUAAAAAAGGAGAAAAUAAACGCGAGCGCUUUUUAUUUUUUUCCCCGUUGGCAAUAUGCCAUUCUCAAACCGGAGGAGGAAAUCCAAGAUGAUAGAUUUUUAGACGGGCAACAAACUUUUUAUUCCCAUCUCGAUCCGGCAUGAAAAGAAAAAGAUUGUAUUGCGUUGCGUAUGAGAGAGGAAGGCGAAUUAUGUAACAAUUCUCGAUUAUUCAUGUUGGAAAAUGGAAAACGCAUUUCGCGAAUUGCAUAAAUUACAACGUGUAUUAAAAAAUGUUUCCGAUUUUUACAUCAGCAAAUCUUCUUGUUCUCUGUUCACAGAACAACCUGACAGACGGGAAAGAAGAUCUGCCUGAAGACACUUUCUCGCUGUUGUCGGUGCUUCUAGUUGGAUUUCUCUUCCUGAUCUUGAUAUUUUUAUCCGUGGCGGGGAACAUUUUAGUCUGUGUGGCAAUUUACACGGACCGCGGUUUACGGAGAAUAGGGAAUUUAUUCCUGGCCUCCCUCGCUAUCGCCGAUCUUUUCGUCGGUUGUCUGGUUAUGACUUUUGCCGGGGUGAACGAUCUCCUCGGCUAUUGGGUAUUCGGGCCGCGAUUCUGCGACACUUGGAUCGCCUUCGACGUUAUGUGCAGCACUGCCUCUAUUUUGAAUCUUUGCGCGAUCUCUCUCGAUCGUUACAUACACAUAAAGGAUCCUCUCAGAUACGGUCGUUGGGUGACGAGAAGGGUUGCGGUUGCUGGAAUCGCUGUCGUAUGGUUGCUCGCAGGACUCAUAUCCUUCGUGCCGAUCAGCCUAGGCCUUCACCGUGCAAAUGAACCUGUUGUUCUUGACGAUAGCAAAGAAGAACAUCCUACAUGCGCCUUAGAUCUUACACCCACCUAUGCGGUAGUUUCCUCUUCUAUAUCUUUUUACGUGCCCUGCAUCGUAAUGCUGGGAAUUUAUUGCCGGCUCUAUUGCUACGCACAGAAACACGUAAAAAGUAUCCGUGCAGUGACGAAGCUGCCGGACACCUCAAUGGCCAAGAGUUUUCGUGCGAAAAGUACACGCAACAAACCGCCAAAGCCGCAAACAAAAACGAAGCCAACAAGUCCCUAUCACGUAUCCGAUCAUAAAGCCGCUAUAACAGUUGGUGUAAUUAUGGGCGUUUUCUUAAUAUGUUGGGUACCCUUUUUCUGCGUAAAUAUCGUCACUUCGUAUUGCAAGACCUGCAUAUCAGGCCGAGCGUUUCAAGUACUCACUUGGCUCGGCUACAGCAACUCGGCCUUCAAUCCGAUCAUCUACAGCAUCUUUAACACAGAAUUCCGAGAAGCGUUCAAGAGAAUUCUCACAAAGGGUGCACGCGCCCGUGGAAAUCAACCGUCGACUAGCGAAUGCGGAGAAUUUCGAUCCGUGGUCGUGCAAAAACGAAACGGGUCCAUGAUCGAAUGUAAUAUCAGUCCGAGAUCAAGCGCGGACAGUUGUCAAGUUGGUAUAAUGGCGCAAAGACAUCGCGAUACUAUCGUGAGUGCGAUAUAAUUCGAUUCGAGUCUCUCCCUCAGACUUAUCGAUCUUCCUAUCGAACGGUAAUUGCGAUCCUACGGUAAUUAUGGUUCACGUUGGUUGGUCCAUCACGGUUAUCGAUUCUAUAUAAAUCAUUUUAUUAAUAAGACGUAAAUAACGUAAAUAAAAUCGUGAUGGAAGUAUUACCUCCUUCCUGUCGCCAGUUUUCUGCGUGGCAUUCAACAUUCUUGGUACGAAUUAUUCAAUUGAAUCGAAGAAUGUUACACGAACAUAUCCAUAGUAUAAUUUUUCAAGUCUGCUUAUGAUAAUGGUUACGAUAUGAUUGAACGAGAUUUACAUACGAACAUUUAAAACAGCAAUUGCGACCGUCGUAAUCAACUUCAACGACAAACUUUACCAUUUCAUCAUCUUGGGAACGUAUUGUAAAGUUUAUAAAUAUUUCUUGAGAUAUUGAAUUCGUUAUUGAACUUUUUGCCGAGUAAAUAUUCCAUAUAUUUCUCGUAUUAACUGCAACGAGCAUCGCAAUCAAAGUUAAACCGCAUAUUUUUUACAUAUAGAGUAUCUUGAAAUAAUAUAAAUUUUACCAUCAUGAUCGAUAUCAUUGAUAUAUACCAUCACCGUGUAAUAACAUGCUCUUUUUCUCUCCUAUUCCCUUUCGUCUUGAAUAACAAAAUUAUAUGUGAAUUCUUUUGCCGAAUAUUUUUUUAUCCACGGACGAUGAAAAGGGAAGAAAACUUGUCGAUGAUAAAUAACGGACGGUUAAGAAAUCAAUUUACGAAAAGACAAUCAUCGGGAAGUAGUUCGAAACAUAUCCAUGAGACAUAAUCUUGUUCUUAAAAUAAAAAAAGAAUAAAGGUAAAUUUAUCUAACAGGAUCGAAGGAGGAUAUCAAUUUAAAAUUAAGGAGAAAGAACAAAAUAAGAUAAAUAAAUAAAAAUUCGUGCGUAGAGAAAUUCUACUAUAGAGUUUAGAUAACAUUUCUCAUAAAGCAAUUGUAAUUAUAAAAUCAUGUUAAUAGCGCAUCUACGAUAUAAAACUGGAUGUUACACGAAGUAUUAAUAGUAACGUCUAUCGAAUCGUAGCUUAUAUUAGUACUAGAAUCGCGGUGAAAUCCGCACAGAUUCAUUUUCCAUCUUGUAAAUAGUCAUUUAUUUAUUUUUCUAUUUGACGGGACACAAACACGCGAUCUCCACGUAUCUUUGCAUUGUAAGCGAUAUUUCGUUUAGGUGUUAACGUGUCGCAAAGUUGUUAUGCAACCCGUCGAAUCUAACUCAAAUCUGCGCCACUUAUCUAAACGAAAGAAAUUCUCGCGAUAUGCAACCGAUAUUCAUUGAAUCUCUUCCAUCAUCUACAUCAGCGAUUUGCUAAGUGUAGUACGUUCCGAUGAGGGAGAAACGAUAAAAUAAAAACAUACAUUCUGUUUUUCCUAUCGGAAUGAUACGUGCACGAAAUCGAUGUAUACUAAUGAUAUAUUUGAAUAACCGUUCUCUGUAAAUAUAUAAACGUAAGACAUCCAUGCGAAUAUUAAA